GGUGAUGCGACCUUGCGCAGUUGUUGCGCUGCAAAGUUUUACUUCGUGGCAACACAAAACAAAUAUAUUCUCAUUUGGGCAACACAUUAAUUUGAAUUUCCUCAUUGUUUGCUACCACACCAACUUUGCGCCGCUUGCGCAAUCUCUGCAUGAAUUGCAUCGUCUGCACCUGUACGCCCCGCAGGAAUUCUUGGCGAGCAGCGCUAACCCGCGACAAAAACAAUCCACCUCUAACCUCUCGCCGCUCGUCAGUGCAAUAGUUUCGCAAACUUUUUUCUACGAGUUUCGACGCGUUGCAAUGUUGGCUUCGUGCAGAAGUAUUAAAUAAACACGGCUGCUCUGGCUAUGGGAUGAAUAUGGACAAGGGCAGAGGUGCUACCAAUGAUAAGGCGUCGUUUUGGAAGAAAAACAGUAAAGCAGUACCUGGCAGGUCUGAUUGGUUUGAUUACUUUUUGUUGUGUGUACCUUGCAGACCGAGUCCCAAGAAGGAUGUUAAGCCAUUGCCAAAGGGUAAGCCUGCAGGCACCACUUCAUUUCAAGACUUUCAGGCAUCUGUUAGUGAUGCCUGGGACAUGGAAGAUGAUGAAUUUUACAUAGGCUCAUCAGAAGGCCAAACAAGAAUAUCAAAGAAAGUGUCACAAUCUGCAGCAUUGAAUGUAAUAAAUAGUCAUAGAAAUGCCGAAGCAGGAACGAAACACUCCGAAAACGAUGUGGACCCUGUCAGAAUCAACGCAAUUCCCGGCAGGCCACAAUUACUACCAUGUUCAAACGUUGAAUUUGAAUAUGAUUGUGAAAAAAGAUGCGAGAAAUUCGAUGCAUUGUUAGCUGGUUCCCCAACAUUAGGCGAAUUAUGCGAUUUGUCUUGGUCUGGUAUUCCCUUUAGACUUAGACCCAAAGUAUGGAAACUAUUACUGGGUUAUCUACCGAUGAACACAGAACGUCGUGAUGAUGUACUAGAACGCAAGCGUCAAGAUUACUGGGCGAAAGUAAAACAACACUAUGAAAGCGAACGCGACCAAUAUCAAGAUACCUACCAUCAGAUACACAUUGAUGUACCACGCAUGAAUCCCUCCGUGCCACUCUUCCAACUCGCAACCGUUCAACAAAUGUUCGAACGUGUCCUCUUCGUGUGGGCUGUACGUCAUCCAGCAUCCGGAUACGUGCAAGGUAUAAACGACCUUGUCACACCAUUCUUCGUCGUCUUCCUACAGGAAGCCAUCGCUGACCCAGCUAUACCCUUCGAGACAUUCGACGUGGAUGUACUCACACCUCUCCAACGCGACAUAAUCGAAGCAGAUAGUUUCUGGUGUUUGUCGAAAUUCCUCGAUGGUAUACAAAACAACUACGUUUUCGCGCAGGUCGGCAUCCAGGAGAAGGCAAAUCAACUCAAAGACCUCAUCAGACGCGUCGACGCCGCGCUGCACAAUCAUCUCGUCAAGCACAACGUCGACUACCUGCAAUUCUCUUUCAGGUGGUUGAAUAAUCUACUCACACGUGAGCUACCCUUGCGUUGUACGAUUCAUUUAUGGGAUACAUACCUAUCCGAAUGCGAUUCGUUCGCGCAGUUUCAAUUGUAUGUCUGCGCGGCGUUUUUAUUGCGAUGGAAGGACCAGCUGCUGGCUGAGAACGACUUCCAGGGGCUGAUGAUACUGCUACAGAACCUGCCCACGCGUCAGUGGACUGGUAAUCACAUUCGAUUGCUGCUCGCCGAGGCGUACAAGCUGAAGGUACACUUUGCCGACGCGCCGAAUCAUCUCAACUCCAACGACGAGCGCGCGAAAGCGCCCAGAUGAUGGAUAUUGGGUGGACGGGCUUAUAUUUUAAGUGAUUAUUAUUGAAUAACGAAUCUGUGUCGGGGCGCGACUCUUUUACAACUCACAAUGCGGAAUGAAGAGUGGAAAACAUGGAAUUUAAUUAAGUAAACGGAUAUGAUUGUAACAUUUA